AAGUGGAGGCGGGAGUGAAGUCUCGCGAGAAGAGUCGGUUGCCGUAGCAGAGCCCUCUAGCUGUGUGUGUCUGAGGCUCGGCCGCCUGAGCCGCGGACGGUUUGCUAAGCCCGUUAGUGCGCCGGGCCGAGACACGCCGCCGCCAUGUCCCGCUACCUGCGUCCCCCCAACACGUCUCUGUUCGUCAGGAAUGUGGCCGACGACACCAGGUCUGAAGACUUGCGGCGUGAAUUUGGUCGUUAUGGUCCUAUAGUUGAUGUGUAUGUUCCACUUGAUUUCUACACUCGCCGUCCAAGAGGAUUUGCUUAUGUUCAAUUUGAGGAUGUUCGUGAUGCUGAAGACGCUUUACAUAAUUUGGACAGAAAGUGGAUUUGUGGACGGCAGAUUGAAAUACAGUUUGCCCAGGGGGAUCGAAAGACACCAAAUCAGAUGAAAGCCAAGGAAGGGAGGAAUGUGUACAGUUCUUCACGCUAUGAUGAUUAUGACAGAUACAGACGUUCUAGAAGCCGAAGCUAUGAAAGGAGGAGAUCAAGAAGUCGGUCUUUUGAUUACAACUAUAGAAGAUCGUAUAGUCCUAGAAAUAGACCGACUGGAAGACCACGGCGUAGCAGAAGCCAUUCCGACAAUGAUAGAUUCAAACACCGAAAUCGAUCUUUUUCAAGAUCUAAAUCCAAUUCAAGAUCACGGUCCAAGUCCCAGCCCAAGAAAGAAAUGAAGGCUAAAUCACGUUCUAGGUCUGCAUCUCACACCAAAACUAGAGGCACCUCUAAAACAGAUUCCAAAACACAUUAUAAGUCUGGCUCAAGAUAUGAAAAGGAAUCAAGGAAAAAAGAACCACCUAGAUCCAAAUCUCAGUCAAGAUCACAGUCUAGGUCUAGGUCAAAAUCUAGAUCAAGGUCUUGGACUAGUCCUAAGUCCAGUGGCCACUGAUAGUAUAAACCAUGGUCAUUUUUAGGCAUGUAUCAUUCAUUUACUCAUAGUUUGGUUUACUUAAAUUAUCAGGAAUACAAUGUUGCAAUGAUGCUUAAAAAACACUUGUUAGUUUUCCCUGUACCAGGCAAUGGUUAUAAUUAAAAUGAUAUGCUGUUGAGAAGCCACUCUUAAGAGUCCAGUUUGUUUAAUGUUAUGGGCAGCUACCAAUUUGUGGUGUCUCUGUAUAUUUUUGUAAAGAUUCUCAUUUUUUAUGCUUGAAGUAUUUGGUGAAAAGAUGUUGGUUGACCAUAAUUUGCAACAUUGUCUCAUUAAAAAUAAACUUUCAUAUUCAUAUUUGGUAGAACUGUUAACCUAGAAAUGUAGCUUGCUAAUAAGAUAGAAUGAUACAAAACUGAAGUAGUAGCCACAGUACAACACUGACUGCUCAGACACAUUUAGGUUCAGGGUGGACCUUAAUGUUUUGUCAAGAUGUCUAGGCCCGGCUGGGCGUGGUGGCUCACACCUGUAAUCCCAGCACUUUGGGAGGCCGAGGCGGGCGGAUCACGAGGUCAGGAGUUCGAGACCAGCCUGACCAACAUGGUGAAACCCCGUCUCUACUAAAGAUACAAAAAUUAGCCGGGCAUGGUGGCACAUGCCUGUAAUCUCAGCUACUCAGGAGGCUGAGACAAGAGAAUCGCUUGAACCUGGGAGGUAGAAGUUGCAGUGAGCCAAAAUCACGCCACUGCACUCCAGCCUGGGCAACAGAGUGAGACUCCGUCUCAAAAAAAAAAAAAAAAAAACCGGAUGUCUAGGCCAAUGAUAAUUAUUUUUGAUGCAGUGUGGAUUAGUUCUUUUGUUAACCCCACUGUCUUGGGGAAUGAUGCCAGCUGGGAAAUUGAGUUUUUGACUGAAACAUGGAGCCUUCACUGCUUUUUUUCUGGUUCCUAUGAAGAUUUGGAACAUAGAAAACACAAAAACUCACCUUAAAAUUUGAGCAGGUCGUUGAUGGCAAAAAUAAUUUUAAGGAAAAAGGAAUAUUCUUAUGUAGUUAUUCUAAAGUUUAAGGAGCGUUGUUGACCAUAAUAUUGCUUAGUUUUCUUACUGCUGUUAGAAGCAAGUAAAUUGUUUCAAAGUAGGUUUUGUGUGUGUGUGUGCCUAGUGUAAAAGAACUGAAAUUUUGAUGCUUACAGCACUUGGCUCGUGCAUUUGUAUCAAAAUUUGCCUGCCUCUUUAUGAGAGAGGCCUGCUUUUCACACCUCAGUUUAUUUAAUACGAGGCAAGUUGAAAGACAACACUCAUUCUAGGUGAUUCUGUGGUGCCAUGAAAUUUAAGGUAAUUUGGGGAAAAGGAUUAGUCAGUUUUAAGCAAGAGUCACAUCUUCUGAGCUUUCGAUUAUCAGUGUAGUACCUGACUAAAAAUGAAGUAAUACCCUUAACCAUUUAUAAUUUCUAGUAUUUCUCUGAAUGAUCGUUUUGGGGACAAAAGUGACUUGACAUGUCCAGUUUCAUUUCAGAAUAAAAAGCUAGCAUCUUUAAAAAUCUCAGAUUGCUUGCUUACAGAUACAAGUAAGAAUUAUGGAGAAACGAUUCCUUUUAGAGGAUUACUUUUUUCAAUUUCGGUUUUAGUAAUCUAGGCUUUGCCUGUAAAGAAUACAACGAUGGAUUUUAAAUACUGUUUGUGGAAUGUGUUUAAAGGAUUGAUUCUAGAACCUUUGUAUAUUUGAUAGUAUUUCUAACUUUCAUUUCUUUACUGUUUGCAGUUAAUGUUCAUGUUCUGCUAUGCAAUCGUUUAUAUGCACGUUUCUUUAAUUUUUUUAGAUUUUCCUGGAUGUAUAGUUUAAACAACAAAAAGUCUAUUUAAAACUGUAGCAGUAGUUUACAGUUCUAGCAAAGAGGAAAGUUGUGGGGUUAAACUUUGUAUUUUCUUUCUUAUAGAGGCUUCUAAAAAGGUAUUUUUAUAUGUUCUUUUUAACAAAUAUUGUGUACAACCUUUAAAACAUCAAUGUUUGGAUCAAAACAAGACCCAGCUUAUUUUCUGCUUGCUGUAAAUUAAGCAAACAUGCUAUAAUAAAAACAAAAUGAAGGAAAUAAUGAUUAACUGGAAUUAUUACAGUAUUGAAUAUGAUUCUAAAAUAACAAUGGAAACAGUCCUUUAUAGAUUUAGGAAUAUUUUAAAUCAUUGUUGCACUAGGCACAACUAACUUUUACUUUGGAAAUGAUAGAACUUGCCAGAAAGGUACAUCUUUUACACAGUAGUUAAAAAUUCAUUGUGUAAUAUCAAAGUUGUUUCAUGAUUGCUCAUUAAGCCUCUUGGGUUAACUAACUUAAGAGGUUAUUUGGUAGUGUUAAGAUGAAAUUUGGAUCAGCUAAUUCCAAGUUUAUAUUUUCAUUAUUGGAUGGAUCAGUAAUUCUGCUCUCCCUCUUCGUAAACAAGAUGCAUUAGGACUUAACGUUUAUGACAUGAUUUUAAAUCAUUUUAAACUGAAUGUUGAUGAGCAACUAAUAUUAAGUGAUAACCUCUUUGGGGAAGUAGGUUAGGUAUUUUGUGGUUUGAAUUCUAUCUACUUUAUGACAAUUAUAGCUAAUUUAUUAAGUAUUCAUGAUGUGCCAGACACUUGAAAAGGCUAUAUGUUAACUCACUCUUCACAAAACCUUAUGAGAAAGAUACUUUUAUUUUCCCCAUAUCACAGAUAAGGAAACUGAGGCACGAAGAAAAGACUGUAAGGCAGAGCCAGGAUUUAAGCCCAGGCCUGGUCCCUUAGUUUUGGGGGGGUUUUGUUUGUUUUACAGACUAUAAUUUGAGAGAAGUAGAUUGAGGAGAUAGCUCAUUGAAAUUGGUCAUUUUCUGUAUAGAACUAGAAGGCCUAAUUUCAUUUUUAUUUUUACUUGUGUCAACUUAUUUUUAGACUUGGACUAUUGAGAAUCUUAUAUGUUGUUCCUAAAGCAACACACCUAACAGCUUCAAAAGGACUAUAUUACAGUUGAACCCAUGGUAGUUUGGAUCCUACUGAUACUUGAUGAGGAUCUUUACGUAGUGUUUUAUGUUAGUUUUGGGUGAUGUAGUUGAGUCCCCCACUUACUGAGUUUACCUACUGUGUAUGUGGUACUGGGCUCAAUGAUAAAUAGAAUGGUUAUAUCAACACUCAAAUGAGGGCUGACACACUUCACCUCUCCUUUUACUUAAGAUCUCUUUGCAUUUUUUUUUUUUUUGAAGCCAAGUAAGCAAGAAGAAAAAUGAGAGAUAAUGCUUCAGUGAGAGAGGAAAGGUGCUACAUAGAGUAUGAGCUGUUAAGUUACAUCCCAGGGGAAAGACCUGGGAACUAUUGUAUUAUUCUCUUGAAAAUUUGGCCCAGUAAGCUGCUACAUCCAGUUCAACUAACAAAAUCCUGUAUACCACAGAGAAGAAUAAAGAAAACCAAACUGACAAACAUCCUUCUUUUAUUUAAGACCAAACUGCAGCUGGAAUACCCAGUACAGUUCUGCUUACUACACUUCAAGAAAGAUCUGAAAGCGGAAAAAGAACCAAAGAAGGGCAGUUCAAGCGACCAAAGGGUGGGUGGAAGGUGCUGCAGUAUGAAUACUGUACGAAUAUUUUGACUCUGGUCUGAAAAGAUAAAAGAAUGUUAUCGAAAACUACAUGGAAUAAUUGAAGUCCCUUCAAGUUUGAAAGUAAGCAUUUUAGGACAAAUAAAAGGAAAUUCAACUUUGUACUUGUGGAAACUAAUCCCUAAAUAUGAAUAGGUUUAUAUUGAUUCAUGGGUAACAGGUCCAUAAUAAAUUAUUGGAAACUAGGAUGUCUGAAUAUCAAGGAAGACAGCCAUAGUCUCUUACAGUGCCUCUGUUGGUCUGUCUCAAACUGAAUUGGGUGGGAAAAGGUAUGGUCCAAUAUAAAAGUUCCAUUUUUGCCAUUAUUGGCAAAUCUUGCCUUUGUUUAUUUUGGUGCCAGUGUUUUCUGCUUAAUCAUUUGCUUUGUUGGCAUCUGUGUUUAUUUACUUGUACACCACAUGCAGUUUACAUCUGUCUUAACUACUCUCCUUCCCAGGUAAAUUCCAAUUAUAUUUGACAUCCAGCUAAGAGGGCCCAUCUCUUCUCAUCUCUUUCCUAGUCAGUAUAUUCAGCAAAUAUUUAUUGAGCCCUUACUGUGGGCAAAUCAUUGUAAUGGAUAAUUGAGAAAAAUAGAUAAUUCCGUUAUUCAGUAAAUGUCUACUGAGCACAAUCUAGUGAAUCAUUACAGUAUGGCCUCAUUGUUUUGUUUGAGGUGUAUUAUUCAUAACAAUAUUUUACACCAUUCGUAUCAAUGUAAUUAUAGAACACAAUAUACUAUCAAGGAUAAGUAAUUGUGUGGUUAUCUGCCAUUUAAAAGUAUCCAGUAUUUGAUCCCAUUAUUACAAAUAAUGAAAAAAUGAUUUCUUUUAAUCUGUAAUAAACUGGUUUAUUAUGCAGUGACUGUAAUAUACUAGAGUUAUAAUAAAUUGUUUACUCUGCCUCACCAAACACAUGCUAGGAUAUAACCCCCAAAAUAAGUAUUUAACUUUGCAUUAGAUAUAAAGGAGACUGGGUGCUAUAAUUAGAUUACUUUGAGGCAGACAGAGAGCUGUUAUCCUAACUGAUUUAGUAUGUUCUGUAAUUGAGAAAAUGUUCACCAAAUUAUACUUUUUAGUGAUUUACAUGUACAUUUUAUAGGGGACAUGUUCUGUGUAUAGCAAAUAAAUAACUUUUAUAGUAUCACAAAA